GAGAAGACUAAACCCCCAACCACCGCCGCCGUGGCCGCCGGCGGCGAUCGCCUCCGGUUUUCCUCGAGGCUGAUCAACCCCUGCCCGUUCGGCUGUCUGCCUGUCUCGGUACGCCCCUACUCUCGGCCCCAUUCUCGGAGGAAAGCGCGCCCUUCUAUAGUUCCAUUUCUCGGCUCCUUCAUUCCUGUGCCCUCAUUCGAUUACUUCAUUUCGUCGCGUCCCAAAUCGGUCGAUGGAAAACGGAAUCUCUAUGGCCUUUGUUAAAUCUGGAUCCCUAUGCAUGUCUAGGGAUGCACUUGGAUUUCUGACCGUGUGCUGCUGAAGCGUCCAGAUUGGUACCCGGAGAUGGAUCUGCUUCUUCCGUACAAGAUUGGGGAUCUCGCGGAGUCCAAGUCCUUUUUGAAUGGUUACAGGGGCGCGUGGUUUCGUUGCAAGGCCAUUCUUGGUGGGAGUUUCACGUCAGUGCGAUACAUCAACAAGUUUGGUGACAUGGUCUACGAAGAGAUAGAGUUUUACGGGAGGUACAUAAUAUGCGUGUCAAUGAUUCUGGAUACCUGGAGUGUUACUUGGAAUAUAUUGACUAUGAUGGGGAGGAUCUGGAUUGGGUUGCCGUCUUCCAAGAGAACCCAGCAAGCUCAAGUCAAAAUUCUAAAGGAAGUACUGAAGUUAUGAUAAGGCCUUCUUUCCCUCAAUGGUAUUAUGGGCAUGAACCUGAUCAGCUCCCAGUUAGUGAUGUCACAGCAGUUGUUGAUGAGGCCUGGAAAAUAGGCGAUAUGGUUGAUUGGCUCAAGGACGGUUGCUAUUGGUCUGGGACAAUUACUAAGUUACUCAAAAAAGAUAUGGUUAAGCUACAACUUCCGGCACCUCCCAUAGGUGAAGGCAGAUGUUAUAUUGCUAACCAUAAGGAUCUGAGACCUACACUUGAGUGGUCCUUAGAAAAAGGUUGGACAGUACCUCUUGCGCAGGCAAACCAAAAAAGUUGGUAUACCGCUCGUCUUCUUCGACAAUAUAAAUCUGAUUCAGACAAGAGCACCUCAGGUGAUGAAAAUGGCGAUGAUGAGAAGGGGGGAAUGCAGCAAUAGGUGUCCAGAACUUGAAACAUGCCUCAGGAAGCCCCCCAGGUCCCGUGGUUCCUACGAAAACGCUCAGAAGGACGCCACUGUCACUCCAGUCCAAGGAGAGUGUGGAGAUCAGCUCAACUUCCAAGCCACCAGACCCUUGAGAGCAGAACUCGUUCCUGACUGAUGGUGUGAGGCUGAUGAUGUCACGGACGAGUUUCUGGAUAUGCUGAACACGGUCGAGACCAGGCUACAAACACCUCCUGGAGUGUACGCGGGAACUUAGCGACGACCUGCUGGCUUUUCCAUCCGCUAGGCGGAUGAAGUGGUUCUGAUUACCCAAGGCGAUUGGAAAUACCUGUUGUUGCUGUACUGCUGUUUGUAGUCGCAGGAAACACUAGUCUUGCGCAUAGAGAUGAAACUGGUAAGUGCAAAAGAGGAUCAUCGGUU